AUGGCACCUCACAGCCCAACUACAUCGAAUAAUGGGGGAGUCUCUGAGAGAACCAGUACUCUUUCCCAGCCUCAGUUUCUUUUCAUCAACGGCAAAUACAUCCUCAGCUCAGACAAUGAAACUUUCCCAGUCAGAAACCCAAUAACGGGCAGCGUCCUCUACAACUGUGCUUCUGCUUCGAAGGUUGAUUACGAAACCGCCAUCGAGAAUGCACACUCGGCCUACCAGACGUGGUCACAGACAGGGCCUUCAGCAAGGAGACGCAUCUUCCUCAAGGCGGCCGACAUUAUGGAAUCGUACAUCACAGGGGACGCUCCAGAGUUCAUGUCCCAGGAGGUGUCUGCCACUAUGCAUUGGGUCAAAAUCAACGUCUUUGCCACCGCGGGCCUUUUUCGCGAAACCGCGAGCCUGGCCACUCAAAUCAGAGGAGAGAUAGUCCCAGCUGACAGGCCCGGAACGACAAUUUGGGUGGAAAGGCAGCCGGUGGGCGUGGUGUUUGCGAUUUCACCAUGGAAUGCUCCGAUCAACCUCACCGCAAGAGCAAUUGCCGUCCCAUUGCUCUGCGGCAAUACGGUAGUCCUCAAACCAUCCGAGUUCAGCCCAAAAAGUCAGGAUUUGGCCAUACGGGCGUUGACUGCCGCGGGCCUACCACCAGGAUGCGUCAACGUUUUGCCCACGAGCGCGGAACGGACGCCUGAGGUGACCGAAUUGGCGGUCAAGCACCCCAAGGUUCUUCGAGUCAACUUCACGGGAAGCGACAGAGUGGGGAGGAUCAUCGCUGGCUGGGCGGCCACCUGCCUAAAACAAUGUGUCUUGGAACUCGGCGGCAAGGCCCCUGUUAUUGUCUUUGAGGAUGCCAACAUUGACGAUGCGGUCGAGGCGGUGGUGUUUGGGGCCUUGGCUUUUAGUGGACAGGUGUGCAUGUCGACCGAGCGAGUGAUAUUGCACAAGUCAAUCAGCAGGGAGUUCAAAGAGAAACUGCUGAAGAAGGUGGAAUCCAUCAAGACCGGCAAUCACUUGGAGGACCCGGCAGUUUCGAUAUCUGGAUUGUUCACGUCGGCUCAUGCAAAACGAGUGAUGAGCUUGGUCAAGAGUGCGGUAGACGGUGGUGCGAAACUGCUUGCUGGUGACCUCCAAGUCACUGGCCCGAGAGGUACCAUUAUUCGACCUCAUAUUCUUGAACAUGUCAGCACAAAUAUGGAUAUUGCACACGUCGAGACAUUUGGGCCUGUCAUGUUACUGUCCGAGUUCGAAACGGACGACGAGGCGGUGGCCUCAGCAAAUGACAGCGACUUUUCUUUAUGUGGGAGUGUCUUCUCAAAAGAUACAAUGAGGGCCUUGGACAUCUCCAAGCGGCUCAGGUUAGGGGCAUGUCACAUCAACGGGCCGAGCUUAUAUGUGGAAUCCACGCUGCCACAGGGAGGGACAGGGGGUGGCAGUGGAUAUGGACGCUUUGGUGGAAUGGCUGGAGUCGAGGCAUUCACUGAGAAAAAGAUAAUCACUGUUGUCAAACCGGGCCUGAAAUUACCCCUUUGA